AUGGACAACGUUGUGAAGAAUUUAAUGCACAACUCGCCACAAAAGCAGUGCACUGCAACAUGUGGCAAAAGGGGAAAUACUUUCACUGUUUCUCACGCGAACCGACAUCCGGAUGCAACACGUGCCCGAUUUUUUUUGGAUGAAGCCAAUUUACCGAUGCGACCUGACAUGGAAUUGCAACAAGACACGGUUUUGCGUCAUCAUAUUAACAAAACUCAAGAAUUUGUUGGACAGUUCGCAGGUGGGAUGAGUUUUGAUGAUCAAAUGGCUGCCGUUAAGUUGUUGGUGCGAACCGCAGCUGAGCGGGAUGUACGACUUGUUCGCGGUUGGGGUUGUGAUGAACCCACUGUGAAAUUCACCCGCCGUGUGUGGGCGUCUUUGCUUCAUCAAGUGGAAGCCUUUUUUAAUGGAAACAAUGGCAUUGAGCCUUUAAGGCGGCCUCAAACGGCACUGGAAUAUGUUUCAGCGUUGGGUUUGUGGUUUGGAGGUGACAUGUCCCUUCCAUUUCGUCGUCACAUCGUCCGAGUGCAGGGAGUUGAUGGAACUACGGGAGAUGCCAUUGUGAUUGGUUUUGCAUGGUUUAAUUAUUCUUCUUAUGUUAUGGAUUCAAGAAGAGGGGCACAAAGUGCUACAAUGAUGGAGUUGGAGCGUAUGUCGGAGCGUUUGGGUGUCAAAUUAUUAUUUUUCCCACCACUUGUGUUGCCCGAAUCCGUCCCAUGCAAAAAUCAAGUGAAUGCAACAUGGCAGGUGGUUGCAGCAGUUGAAGAGGCGAAUAAGCGAGUGGAAGAAAACGUUUUAGUUCCAGCAAUGCAGUAG